AUGUCACAGACUCACUGGCACGUUCUCGCAGCUUCCGCAGCCAUAAACUGGAGCACUUACUUCGUCCAUGACUUCCCCGCCUCCCUUUCAACCCCUCUAUCAGAGCACCUUUCUCUCCCGGACCAUCAGUACGCCUACCUAGUCUCUCUCCUCUACGCCGUCUAUGCAGUCCCCAACACUGUCCUCCCGUUCUUCGCGGGCCCCGCGGUCCAGCGGUUCGGCGAGAGAUCCGUCCUCCUCAGUACCAUCUCCAGCAUCGUAACAGGACAGCUACUCUUCGCGCUCUCCGUCGCAACCAAGUUCCAACCCGGCAUGAUCGCAGGCCGCGCCUUCACCGGGCUCGGUGGGGAGAUGGUGGGUGUCAUCGGAUGCGCGAUCGUCACACGUUGGUUCCAACUGGGCAGCGUCGCGAACACGACCGUUAUCCCGCGCUUGAUAGGUCUGUACGGAAUCGUCUCGGCGACAUGGAUAGCCACGGCACUGUCGCUGAGUGUCGUGCCCCUAAGCACCGCCUUUCUGUUGAGUGUCUCCAGGCCAAAGAAAGUAGCAGUGAUUGAUGAAUCUGAGCGGCCGCUGCUGCAUGCAGCUACAGAUGAUAGUAGCAGCAGCAGCAGCAAGGGCGGUAGCAGCAGCAAGGGAACCAGCUCUACCAUCACGUUGCUGCCGCCGGUAUUCUGGCAACUGGCACUAAUGUGCAUCCUGAGCUACGGGUGUCUCAACACGUUUGCGAAUUCCGCGCAGCGCUUUAUAGCUAGCCGGUUCUAUGCGGGCGAUCAGCGGGCUGCGGGGUCGGCGAUGAGCAAUAUGUUCUUGGUAUUGGCGCAUGGGAUUUUCCUGAUACGUGCGACCGCGACUCCGGUUUUGCCAUUGUGUCUCCUCGGUAUUGGGGAUGCGUUGCUGUGUGUGUCCUUCUGGGCUAGUGUCGUACGGUGUCUUCUCCAAGUUGAGACGGGGGCUGAGACAACUGUGCAUGCACAAACGCCUUCAAUACAGAAAGAUGGCAUUAACAGAGUCGAGAACGACCCCGAUAAGCUCGGCUGCGAACCGAUCCUAUCAAGCGCGGACUCGGACCUAGACCUCGAGUCGGAAGAGGGCAAGGCGGGAAGUGCUGCCGAGGCUCGUGCCGAGGUGAUAAGGACACUUGGUCUAGGGAUCAUGACCAGCCUGAUGAGUGUUAGUGCUGCUGUUGUGCCUCUCCUUCUUGCAAUGAUGGAGGGCCUCGCUGGGUUUUCGGGUCUAGAGACUGUUUUCGUGGUUCUGGCUGCACUGGGAUGUUUGGCUGCUGUGAGACUGGCUUGGAUGUUCCAUUAG